AUGUACGCCGACUUGGAAGAGGCACGUACUCGACGAGGCGGUCGUCGAACGUCCAGAGGAUCAGAUUUAGAGAUCGAAAAGAGUUCCAAGUCCUCCCAUGCGGAAGAGAGCGAAAACCCACGAUCAAGGGAAAAGGAGCUAGCGGAGCAGCUUCGAAAGCGUGCUCAAGCAUCACGAGUCGGUAACAAUGGUGACUCGGCUCGGGGACGAGGACGUUCAAUGGCCGCUUCCAGUCGGUCUUCGCAUGCCUCGUCGCCCAGCCGCAGCCGCAGUCGUAGCAGAGACAGUGCACGCAGUCGAAAGAGUCAUCAAUCUCGCAAGAGUAGUUCGCGAGCAGAUGAGGAGAUGGAAGAGAAAAGGAAGAGGAGACGUGGAGGAGAAGAAGAAGAAGAAGAAGAAGAAGAAGAAGAAGAUCUCUAUCGCAGGGAUCGAGAUCGUGUCGUCGAAGAGGAUGAGGAAGAACGUGCCCGCGAACGACGCCGACGUCGAAGCGAUCGCAGCGAUAGAAGGGACGACCACCGCGACGAAAAUGCCGGACCGGCUUCCGACCGAUCGCAUCAUCGGCACAGUCCUGCACCAUCCUCUAGCCGUGCGGACCGUGACGUCCGCGACCGCGACCGUGAUCGGUACGGAUCUUACUACGAUGAUCGACGCUGCGACAGAGGUGUUGACCUUGGGCAUUCCAGACGAGGCAGUCGCGGUCGCUAUGAUGACGAUGCUCGUCGUGCUCCACGACGUCGAGGCGGCCGCUACGAGAGUCCCGCCAUCUCAGUCCGAUCUCGUCGCACGCCCAGUCCCGAGAUUGACGACUACGAGGAGCGUUCAGUCUUCUGCGCUCAGCUCUCGGCUCGACUCAGUCAGCGUGACCUCGGAGAGUUCUUCGAGGAUCACCUUGGUGAAGGCGCCGUUCAGGAUGUCCGUAUUGUUAUGGACCGCCUCACUCGCCGAAGCAAGGGUGUUGGAUACGUCGAGUUUGCGGCUCGCGAACUUGUGCCCAAAGCCAUCGAACUUUCCGGCAAGGAUCUCUUCGGCAUCCCUAUCAUUGUCCAGCGCACCGACGCUCCACGCAACGGUCCUGCCUACGCCGGGCCUGGUGACGCAUCUGCCCGCAAUGGCUUGACACCUCAUCCCGCUGUCCCUCAGUUGGACCCUCGAGUCCUCGCCAACGCACCUCUGCCCAUGCAGUACCACACAGCGGGCGCACCCAUCCACAUGAAUGUCGCCCCACCUCAAGCACCUCGAGCACCUCGUCCUGGUCCUAACAUGCCCAACACCGAAGCCAGGCUCUACGUCGGUAGCCUCCACUUCAGUCUCACAGAUGAGAACGUCAAGGCGGUAUUCGAACCUUUCGGCGAGAUCGAGUAUGUCGACUUGCACCGCGAGCCCGGGACAGGCAAGAGCAAAGGUUUCUGCUUCAUUCAAUUCAAGCAUGCUGAAGAUGCAAAGAAGGCUUUGGAGCAGAUGAACGGAUUUGAGCUCGCCGGCAGAGCGAUUAGGGUAGGCAACGUCAAUGCUAAGGGCACUGGUAGUGCCGGGUCGUACUCAAACGGCUCCUGCCCCGGCUCAGAAGGUGGCGGACAUUUGCCCCAGCUCACCUCUGCUUUCGAUGAUGGUGGAGGAGCAGGUCUUAACCCUGAACGCCGCGCUGCACUGAUGGAGAAGCUUGCACGCAACAACGAUCCCUCUCCUACCAUUUCCGAGGCUACUUCAGCAAUGAUUCAAGAACGACCCGCUGGCAUCCCCGAAUCGACCUCAACUUCUUUGUUGCUCAAGAACAUGUUCAAUCCCGCAGAAGAAACCGAACAAGGCUGGGACAAAGACCUCGCCGAAGACGUCAAAGACGAAUGCCAUGCCAAGUACGGUGCCGUCACCAGUAUCCAUGUUGAGAAGGACUCUGCAGGCGAAGUCUAUGUCACGUUUGCUAACCUUGAUGGUUCGAGAAAGGCCCUUGAGGGUCUGAAUGGCAGAUUCUUUGGUGGGAAGCCCAUAAGUGCUCAGUAUAUUCCGGAUGCUUUCGUACAAGCCAAGCUCGGUUAA